AUGGAAGUAGAAAAUGAUAAGGAUAUCAUUGGAAUCAAAGAUUUGGAUAUGAUAUUGGAGACGGAAAAUCCACCAUUAACCAACAUUGUCAAAAUUCCAUUUAUAAUACCCGUAUACGUACCCGGACCAAUAGAAUCGAGCAGUCACGAGUUUUUACGAACAACAGACUUUGAAUACGUAAAACUGUAUUUCGCUUUAGGUGAAAAAUACACCUCUACCGAUGUUCAUAAAAGUCAACAAGAACGAGAGUUUAUAGUACAUUUAUCGUUUGCCGAAGGUUCCGACUCCAUCCUUGAAGAUUUAAAGCCUACAGAUCCCAUUCCAGAAGAAUUAUAUGAUAAACUAAUGAAUGUAGUAGAAAUAUUUGUAGGUACAGAUUGCAUCGAUCAAAUGUUGAAAUAUUUAGGUCAAUAUGAUAGAAAGAGAUUAAUAUUAAUUUCUCAUAACGGCAGUGGAUUCGACAACUGGAUCGUGCUUAAAAAUGCAAAAAAACUAACGCAUUGCCCUUUAAAAACACCCAGAGGAAUUCUAUCUUUUCCUUUAUCUAAUCCAUACACGGAUGAAGAUUUACAGAAAAAAUGGAAAAGACAGAAAGAAAUAAAGGGUAAUUAUUUACAACAUAUUAAUUUCACGUGUUCCUAUCAACACGAAUCCUCUAGUUUGGCUGCAUGGGGAAAUUCUUCCAAUCUCCCCGCGAAUUUGAGAAAGAUUGCCGACGCAGAUAUAGCUAAAUACACGCAAGACAACUGGGGGGAAUUGAGACACGAAUGGGAACCUUACGCCAAGAGAGACACUCUCUGUUUGGGAGCUUGUUUGAUAAAAUACAACCAAGUGACGAAAGAAGUUGUAAACCAGAAUAUGUCCAAUAAUCUAACGGCUCCAUCUUUAUCUUUAAAGGGUUGGUAUUAUUUAUAUCAUUACGAUAAAGAAAUGGUGGAAGAAGAAUGGUAUGAAACUAUUAGAAUGGUUGCGAAACAUACCGAAAAAGAAAACGUAGAAAAAGUUUAUUCGCACACUAAUCCUUUUAUAAGAAAUUUUAUCAGACGAUCUAUUAAAGGAGGAAGAGUUUCGGCAAAUAGAAAAUCAUUUGAAAAUGGAUGA